UUGAAUCUGAUGUGGAGUCCCAACAUAGGACUACAAACUCAGGUGCCGAUGCCUGUCCCGGAUUGCCAAGGUUUUCGGACCUCACCAACGUUUCCUCGACCAAUCUCCAACCAAAAAAAUGAAGAUAGCAGUGGAAGGGUGCAUGCAUGGAGACCUUGACAAGGUCUACGAAACCAUCAAAUACAUCGAAAACACUCGCAACAUCAAAAUCGACCUCCUCCUCUGCUGUGGUGACUUCCAGGCAGUCAGGAAUGAAAAAGAUAUGGAGUGCCUUAGUGUGCCCCCAAAAUAUAGGGAGAUGAAGUCUUUCUGGAAAUACUACGCGGGUCAGGAGGUUGCCCCUGUUCCCACCAUAUUUAUUGGUGGAAAUCAUGAAGCUUCCAAUUAUUUAUGGGAAUUGUAUUAUGGGGGAUGGGCAGCACCUAAUAUAUACUUCCUGGGAUUUUCUGGGGUUGUAAAGUUUGGCAAUAUCCGUAUCGGUGGACUUUCUGGAAUUUACAAUGCACGCCACUAUCAUUUAGGACACUUUGAAAGGCCACCUUAUAAUGACAGUACUAUCAGGUCUGUAUAUCAUGUUCGUGAGUACGAUGUUCAUAAACUCAUGCAAGUAGAGGAACCGAUUGAUAUUUUUCUUUCACAUGAUUGGCCACUUGGCAUCACUGAUUAUGGGAACUGGAAGGAACUUGUUCGCCACAAAAAACAUUUCAAAGAUGAGAUUCAGCAAGGAACUCUUGGAAGCAAGGCUGCUGCUCAGCUGCUUGAAAAACUGAAACCAUCAUAUUGGUUUUCGGCUCACUUGCAUUGCAAAUUCACUGCUCUUGUUCAACAUGAAGAGGGUGGUCCAAUGACAAAAUUUCUUGCACUUGAUAAGUGCCUUCCAGGGCGCAAGUUCUUACAGAUUGUCGAUAUUGAAUCUGAUCCAGGACCUUUUGAGGUUCAAUAUGAUGAAGAGUGGCUGGCAAUAACGCGGAAAUUCAACUGUGUGCUCCCUUUGACCAACCAACGUGGAAACUUUGGGAAUACCCAGCUUGACAUGCAAGAUUUUCGACAAUGGGUUAGGAGCAGGCUGGAAGACAGGGGAGCCAAACCUUGUGAAUUUUCACAAACUGCUCCACCAUACAAUCGCUCCCAUCCAGUUUCAAACACUACUUUUUUGGGUCAUCCCCGUAAUCCUCAGACUGUAUCUUUCUUGGAAUUUCUAGAUCUUCCUUAUGUUCUUGAUAAUGCCUUGGAAUCCAGGGAUUUUCCUGCUUCAUUGACUCAAAAGGGUGACAACAUUCUUCUUGUUGGUUCCAUAGAUGAUUACAGUGAAGACAUUCCCAUUGAAGAUGAGGAUGAACUAGAAGAUGUUGCAGAAGCGGACAAUGAAAACCAGAAAAGAUCUGGUGAAAAGCUAUGCUUGCUCUGUGAUAUUGAUGCUAUUUCUUCAGCUAUGUUUUCCGGUGAUCGCACCCCUUAUAGUCCAGCUCAGUUUCUUUACAGCUGGUGGCAGCAUUCAUCAAAUUUAGCCAGUUAUGAGGAGCAGGAUGCUCAUGAGUUCUUCAUUUCAGUUUUAGAUGGCAUCCAUGAGAAGGAAAGCAAAAUAAGGAACUCUAGCAAAGACUAUGGAGACUGUCAAUGCAUUGCUCAUAGGGCAUUCUCCGGGUUGUUGAGAUCUGAUGUCACAUGUAUCACGUGUGGAUUUACAUCCACAACUUAUGAUCCGUGUGUUGAUAUUUCGCUCAACUUGGACACGAGUAACUUGUCUUCAGCAGAUCUAGCUAAUAAACCCGUAAAACCAGAAGAGAAGCUGGGUGUGUCUACUCUUUCAGGUUGUUUGAAUUUGUUUACAAGAGCAGAGAGGUUAGGUUCUGACCAGAAACUUCAUUGUGAGAAUUGUCAACAAUUAAGGGACUCAUCAAAGCAACUGUCUAUUAGAAGACUCCCAUUGGUGCUGUGUUUACAUAUUAAGAGAUUUGAGCACUCCUUGGUCAGAAAAAUGUCAAGGAAAAUUGAUCGAUAUUUGCAGUUCCCUUUCUCAUUGGACAUGACCCCAUAUUUGUCAUCCUCAAUUAUUAGAAGCAGGUUUGGAAAUAGAAUGUUCGCCUUUGAACAUGACAACUCUGAUAAUUCUGCAGAAUAUGAGAUUUUUGCUGUGAUUGCUCAUUCGGGAAUGCUGGAAUCUGGCCAUUAUGUGACUUAUCUGCGCCUAAAGAACCAGUGGUACAAAUGUGAUGAUCCUUGGAUUUCUGAGGUUGAUGAGGGAAUAGUGAGAGCUUCACAGUGUUAUAUGUUGUUCUAUGUACAGAAACUGCUUUACUACAAAGCAAAUGAGGAUUUAAGUUGCGUGCGAAUUUCCCCACGCAGAGACACGUUUGCUUCUACUGCUGGUUGUUCCUAACGUGAAUCUUUAGGUCGAGCCUGGCAGAGAGUUGGCAUUGUGUGAGUGAUUUAGAUUACUCAUGCAAGGCCAGCUGAAGAACUAGUGAGAAUUAAAGCAAAAAUGUUCUUUGAUGGAGUCUUUUCUGAGAAUCAAACGGAGAAAAUACCAAAGUUCUCUGAGGUGUAUGGUUUAAGCCAUUAAACAAUUUCAAAAGGCUGAUCAUUUGUGACAGGUGUCCAUAUAGCGAUUUCUAUGGAUACCAAUCUAUUUCUGAUGGGUAUUCCUACAGUGAUCUUCUACAGAUAUUGGCCAAAAAGGAAGUGAAUCAAUUCUUUUUCAUGUUGGGAUUCCCAAAAGCUCUCUACAAGAUUCUUGCUCUGAAUUAUUUUGACUGCUGCAUGCAGUCAUGUACAGAAUAAAUAGUUUCUUGACUGCUAUAAUUUCUAAAGGGCCAUUCUUUU